UAACUCGAAGCCAAAAUAUGAAGUUGCUGCAAUUCGUACUCGUCUUCUCGGGCAUUUUGGCCCUUGGCUAUGCCGCAAAUGCCACCUGGGGUAGCAAGCUAUCGAAUAGCGUGUUGUUGAACACCCAGAAUGUGACAUUGUAUAAGAAGAACAACGACUACCAGAGCUCCACCAUUUCGUUCCCCACAAGCGGAUCGGUUAAUACCAAGACCAUUACAUACAUCACUGUUACGGAUCGUUUUACCAACAGUUCGGGUCCCACUUCCACUUUGUGGACUGGCGGAGUUGGCUUCACCUUCGCCACCAUCAAUGUGAAGAGCCAAUACGCUCAAGGCAUCAAUGUGACCGCCCAAUUCUGGGGAUAAACAUGACCAGGAAAAAUGAGUUUUACCAACGGAAAUUGCAACAGAAAAGAUUAAUAAUAAAUACCCAUUGUCCAUAUCAUCAAA